UUGGCACAAGCGGAGGCGAGCGCGCGGGCCCGCGCCCUUCUCCCGCCAUCGGAAAAUUCAAAUUUGGAAUCACAAACGGCAGAUUAAAAUUUAAAAAAUAUAACUCUUAGGUGACGUAUUCUAUGCCUAAUUUGUUCGUAAGUUGGUAUCAUAACUCUGUAUGGAAAUAAAAGUAUUAAUUUGUGUGUAAAUUAGGCUGUGUAACUUUUGGAAAAGAUUGUUAAUUGUGUAAAUGUGUGUGACAGUACGAUUUGUAAGGGACUUAAGUCAGUAGUCAUAAGGGUCAUCGAAAUGAAAUAUGAGAUGUAAACUGUGCCACAUACAUCAGUGGCAUUUGAAGGCCUAAAUCAAAUUUAAAAAAAAAAGUUUUAUAAAAUUCAAUCGAAGUGAACUUGAAUUAAAAACGUAUACAUUCAACAAAAUAAUGCACAAGUGAAUAAUAUGUGGUGAAGCAAUUGAAAAUAUAAUCACAAAUAUUUAAUAGAUCUAAUAUAAUUUUUUCAAAUAAUUUCAGUGAAUUUAAUUCUCUAUUUUCCUUAUGCAAUCUAUGGUCCGUGUUUUUACUGAUACCCCUCAUAAAAAGGAAAGUAAAAUAUAAAUAAAUAAAUAAUGAAGCUAAGCGUGAGCGCGUUCCGUGCGCAAGCGACGGCGCACAAGAAGAUUCUGACGUCAUCGUACCAGCAACACUAUGGCAGCACCGCGGCUCCGCCCUGCCCUCUGCAACAUACCAAUUUUACUCCGACGCAGGCAGAAGAAGGCACAGGUAGAACAUCGGAGGGGGAGGACAAUGAUGGCAGCGAAGUCAACAUCGGCUCCUCUCGGGUUCUGUCGGCUGCUACGUCGAGGGAAGAGGACGAUGAUUCGAGCAACAACGCCAGUAGCGAAAGCAAGAGUCCUGGACAGAGGCCGAUCAUUGCAUCGAGCUCAUCAAGCUCUCACAAGUCCAUGUCAGAGCGACCAGCGUCUGACACUGACAAAGUCACCAAAUGGCGGCAUGUACAAGCGGUCAUGGCAUACUACCAAGCACUAAGGAAAAUUAAAAGAACAAAGUCCAACCAAAGGUGGAGGAAGCUUCGUACGACGGUGCAGAUCGGCUCCGCCAUCCAGAAGAAGCCUACUCUAAAGAGAGAGGAUUCCUUCCUCAAGAGGUUCUCAACGCGCCAGACGCCGGCUACGCAGGAAACUGUGGAAGAUACGGGUUCGGAGGGCGCCACUGGCGACGGCCACAGAAGCGCAAACAGGCAGAGACGGCGGAAAGUGCGCGCGCCCCGGAGUGUGGUGAAUCCAGACGAGAACUUCUACUUCUACUGGCUGUGGCUCAUCACGCUCUGCGUUUUGUAUAACUUCUGGACUUUAAUCGUGAGACAGAGUUUCCCAGAAUUACAGAUCAUGUGCCACUACUUCUGGCUGACGUGUGACGGUAUCAGCGACGUGGUGUUCGCGCUAGACCUGGUCGUGCAGCUGCGGACUGGAUAUCUGGAGCAGGGGUUAAUGGUGUACGAUUCAAAGAAGCUGGCGAAGCACUACCUGACCUCCAGGCCCUUCUUGCUGGACAUCGCUUCGCUGACACCCCUGGACCUCAUCCAGCUGAAGAUCGGCACCAACCCUAUCAUACGAUUCCCUAGGUUUCUUAAGGUGUACAGAGCAGUCAGCUGCUAUUACAUAGUGGAGUCUCGCACGGUGUACCCCAACUUCUGGCGGGUCAUCAACCUCAUCCACAUCCUUCUCAUCCUGGCACACUGGUUCGGAUGCUUCUACUUCUUGCUGUCUGAGGCUGAGGGAUUCCAAGGUGACUGGGCGUACCCCCACCGGCCUGGCGACUACGCGACCCUGACGAGGAAGUACCUUGGCUCCCUUUACUGGUCCACCCUCACACUGACCACUAUUGGGGACCUGCCCACCCCUGAGACCAACUCUGACACGCAAGGAGGCCCCAAAUUUCUGCCGCGGCGCGGGCUAAAGUCCCGCCUCCUCCAGUUCAAGUCAAACCGAGGGUACGUGUUCACAAUAGUGAGCUAUCUGAUUGGCGUGUUCAUAUUCGCCACUAUAGUCGGCCAAGUUGGCAAUGUUAUCACCAACAGGAAUGCCAACCGUCUGGAGUUUGAAAGGCUUUUGGAUGGCGCCAAAACUUACAUGCGACAUCACAAGGUGCCAGGCGGUAUGAAACGUCGAGUCCUACGAUGGUACGACUACUCGUGGUCGCGUGGCAGGAUACAGGGCGGAGGGGACAUCAACACAGCUCUAGGGCUCCUCCCGGACAAGCUGAAGACUGAACUAGCGCUGCAUGUCAAUUUGAGCGUGCUGAAAAAGGUGACCAUAUUCCAGGAAUGCCAGCCCGAAUUCCUCCACGACCUCGUCCUCAAAAUGAAGGCGUAUAUUUUUACACCUGGAGAUUCUAUAUGUAGAAAAGGUGAAGUGGCGAGAGAAAUGUUCAUAAUAGCUGACGGGAUUCUAGAAGUCAUAUCGGAAACUGGCCGAGUUCUGACAACCAUGAAAGCAGGGGACUUCUUUGGUGAAAUCGGGAUUCUUAAUUUGGACGGUUUAAAUAAACGAACCGCGGACGUCAGGUCAGUAGGAUAUUCCGAGCUGUUCUCACUAUCCCGGGAGGACGUGCUGGCGGCUAUGAAGGACUACCCUGAAGCUCAGGAGAUCCUGCAGACCCUGGGCAGGAAGCGGCUGCAGGAGGCCAAGAGCAUGUCCAGGCAGAAGGGCAAAGGUGACCGUCGUGAAGUGAGUCCAGAUAAAAUGGGUGACGAUAGCACAUCUAAAGGAAUUGUUCGAAAAUUGAGAAGUGAUGUUAAGGGUAUCCGCAAUGCAAUCCGCAGCAGAUCCAGGGCUGGUCGUCGCUCAGGGGAGUCCCUGGAGCUGCAGGCGCUGGCCGGCGCGGAGCGCGCCACCGCCGACUGCAAGGUGCUGCGGAGGAUGCCAAGGGUUGAGAGCGAUGACUCCCAACCACAUCCUCACGAGGAUAACAACGGUGAAACAACAUCAGGUAGCAAAGAUGGGGAAAAAUGUAUAUCUCCGAUUGGUGCGGGUCUUCCAUUAUUAACACGACUGAAAAUGCUAAAGGAAAAACAGGAUCGCGAAGAAAAAGUAGCAAAACAAAGGCAUACAUCAUCCCCAGUAUCUUUAACUCAUCCGACACCAUCAACAAGUUCUGCUCCAGAUGGUGAAGCUGAAGUUAUAGGCGCUGGUCUGCCUCUCAUCCAAAGAUUACUUCUCCUUAAAGCUAAAGAAGAAAGAGAAAAGAAUCAAUUGACUCCAGCAACUAGCAAUCAACCGUCUAGCUCGGAUACUAUAAGUCCGAGCUCUAUAAAAAGUCCUCUUAGUCCAACAAUAAAAACUUUAAGUCCUAUUAGAAAAGGUUCAGAAUCAAGUUCUCCAGGAAAACUUCAAAGUCCAACGACAAAAACAUCUAGGAAAAAUUCCUCGGGCUCUAGCGAUGGUGCUUCUCGACCCAAAGUCAGUUUUAGGGACAAAAUACUUCAAGUCCAAAGUGAUGGGACUGCAGUUUGUCAACCGCUUAGCAAAGAUGCGAGUGAAAAGCCUGCAGCUGUAGUAGAACCUACUCCAAAAACAGAAAGUAACUUAAUAUCCAUUCCCCAUUCUGUGGUAAGUAAAAUAAAAUCACCAGCGAAAUCAGUUGGCUCCACUUUCAGAGACAAAUUAAAACUAUUACAAGGAGGUGGUCAAAAAGAUUCUGAAAGUUCACAAGAAAAAAGUAAACCUCCGUCAUUAGAUAAAACAUCAGUUGAAAUAAUACCUGCGCAAAAUACAGAAACGAAAGAAGAAUUAAAACCAACAAAAAAGCCUUGGUCGAAAUUAAAAAAGGCCGCGAUAUUAGGAGAGUCUAAAAGCCAAAGUAAAUCUAGUAUAGAAGAGAAAAAAGAUACUGAAAUGGUGGAAAGAGAAGAAUGUAAAGUAGAAGCGGUUGUAAAUAUAAAUGUACCUAUAGUUACUACGGCGGAGCUUGUUAAAAUAGACAAUAAUAAUCUUCAAGGUUGUAGUGAUAAUGCUAAACAAGAUAAACCUAAAAUUUGUUUAACAAGCCCUUUGGAACCCGUCCAAGAAAAAUCCUUAGAUUUAUUAACUUUAUCGCCAAAAAAAAGUUUUAAAACAAUUGAGCCAAAAUUGACGAGUUCUGGGACGCUUUUGCCAAAAUUUAAAAAAUAUAGAUCAAUUGAUGAUCUAUCACCAGAAUAUGGUGGUUUACCAUUUGUCAAAAAAUUAAAAAUUUUAAACGAGCGUCAGAAAUUGGCAGAAUUAGAAAAAGUUGUAAAAAUUCGCAGUUCAAGUCUAGAUUGCACUAGUUCUUCUGAAGAUUUACUCGCUGACACCCUAACAAGAAGUCAUUCUGAAGGAAGUACUAUGGACAAAAGAAAAUAUAAAAGAAAAUCAAUAGAUUCUGUCGGUAGUCAUGAAUCUAAUGAAACGCUUGAGAGAAGAACACUAAAAUCAAUUUUGAAGAAACUUUCAGAGGAUGUUACUCCUUCAGAGAGUCCAGAGAGAAGUAAUGAAUUAAGAAGAUUGAUCAGAGCACCUACUUUGGAAGGAUAUGCUGCAAGACAUUCAAAAUUUGCUAAGAGCGUAACGUUUCAUCGUCAUACACUGCCGUCUCCACCAGGUAGUGCACCAGCAGAUGCUAAAAGUGGAAAUUUCCAAAUGCCUGAUCCAGUCUCAGAAAUGACAGUAUCUACGCAAGCUAUUACAGAAAGAGAAGCCGCACUAUGUACUCAAAAUCAAAUAGUCCGAAACACCAACGAAACAGUUGUCACUUCCGAAGACUACGGUUUAAAUAUAAGAGCCGAGUAUGAGUUACAACAAAAUGCAGAUCAAAUAUACGAUUUCAAAACAUUGAGGCCAGAAGAAAUAAAAGUGCCUUCUGAGAAACCUAAGUUAACACUAAUAUCGGCUGUAGCUAACCAAAGAAAACUUUUGAGAGGUUCACUUGAAGAACAAGAAUAUUUUGGCGAGGUCCUACUAGGUAUUAAGCAAGUCAUCCAAGGACAUUUGCAUGAUGUUCAGGGGAAAUUUCAGGAAAGAUUCAACAGUUUAGAGAACGAAGUACGAAAACGGGAUGAAAUAAUAACGCAACUACAAAAACGCAUUCAAGAACUCGAAAGGCUGGGACUUUCAGGAUUACCUCCUCAAAUAACGGAAACAGAACAACGACCUUCGCCCGAAGACAAUAUCGCAAAUCAACCUUCAAAAAACGGAAGUUCGGGCAGUGAAGAUCUUUCUGGUGCUGAAGAAGGGUUCAUGAGAGGCGAUUCGUUAGACACAGUAUUCGCGACAUCACCUCCAACUGUCAGUGCUGAUGACGAAGACAAAGAAAAAGCCGAAGAAUCAGAAUCAGAAGAACCAGUAAAAUCGUUAUCAGCAGAGGAAUUAACUGAAGACAAACUAACAGAGAUUACUGAAUUAGAACUAGGGAAGUUAUCGUAUUCAGAACUGCAGAGUUUAGCUGAGUCUUUGUCGAGUAGAGUCGAUAAAACCUCGUCGAAAAAAGAGGAGUGGACAGCGAGUAAGUCGAAGAGGUUGGAUCUGAAUUUGGACGGGAAGGCUGGGACGUAUUCUAGAAAGCGAGCGGCGAAAUUGAGACAGAGGAAGUCAUGGGAAGACCAAAGUGACCAGGAAAGCAUGGAAAUGCACGAUUUGACUCGACCAAUGUCCCCGCAAAUGACAUCGGAGGACCGCUCCCUGCUGAGCCCAGAACAGUCGUCCCUUCGCACCAGUCGACGCGGCAUCCAUCCGUUCCACUUCUUCGGAACACAUCUUGACACAACCAAGUCUAAGAUCAAGAAGACGCUGUCCGUGGAUACGGGGAUGCAUCAUACUGGACGCAAUGAGAGAAGGCCCGCCCGCCAAGGCCGUCAACACCGCAAAUUCAGUUUGGGCUCAAUCUUCGGCUACAAGAGCGGCGGAACUCAGAAACCCAGCAGCAACUGCAACGAGGUGGUUUUAGACAUCGGCAGCGACUACAGUUGGAGCGACACGACAUCGACCUCUUCAAGCAGCGAUUCAGAAUCUCUUCCCCGCACGCCCAUGUUUGAAGAGUUCAUCGAAAAUAGCAGAAGAGGACGCGCCGGCAGCUCCAGCCAUGAAAAUGUGUCUCCUAUAAGAGCAAGUGGAGGAGACUGGGAGGUGAUGAUGCUGGCCGAUGAGUUGGAGAAGAGGGAGCGAGAGAAGGAGAGGGAGGAAGCGAGAAGGCACCACUACCCGACCACUUUAAGAGAUUUAGAAGAGGAAUCGGACACGCCGCAGCGCGAAGACAGCCCGGACGAGUUCUCCAACAUCGGGGACUCCAACUCGUCGUCCACCACGCAGCUGCUGUCGCAGUCCACCAGCGAGCCCUCGCAGAGGUCCCUUGAGACCUCCUUCACAGAGGGCCCCAGGUCUGGCCGGGAGUCCAGGCAGCAACGAGGCGGGUCCUUGGUAGAAACGGUACGACCCGAUUCGUCUCUCCGGCAGUCGCGAGGUCUGAUCCUCCGAGCCGCGAGUCUGGACCGAGAAACCACUCCCAACACUUCCCAGACACGACGAUUUGGUUCCCUCAAGAGUUCCAGCACAGACUCCCACAAGAGACUCUGAUCCGUUUCGCUAAACGGAACUCACAGGUCCAACGGAUCGAACGAUCCUAACGGAAUUGUCAAUGGACCUCGGGGAUCCGAAGUUAAAAAAUGUUGCCCUAUCGAAAAAAAUGGUAGAAUUGGGCAGUCAAUACCUAAUCCUAAAGAGAACGAGAGAAACAAUGUGAUAGAUAUAGCUCAACAUGUUGAAUUGAGAAAUGAGAAUGUAGAUGGAAAUGAUAAUAGAGUAGGUCGAAAUGAAAGAGAGAAUGACGCGCCUAGCGGUCAAUUAUUUGUGGUUAUUAUAUUGUUUUACGAAAACUAUGACUAUAUUUUACUUUUGUUCCUAGACUAAGUGUGGGAGAGAGAUGUUUGUUUUAUCUUUAUCUUAGUCUUGUAGUUUCUUGAAACGAACGUUAAUAACGAAGUUAGAUGCAGUCUUUUAAAAUAUAUAAUUAUUAUUGAUGGUCAGAUGCCAAUUUGGAAUAAAUGAUCUCUAUUUGGAAUAUUGGAAAGUUAUAAUAAAAUUACCUACACUAUUUCAAAAUCAUUAUCGUAGGCCUACCGUAUACGAGUAGACUCAAUAACUAUUAAUGUUUGUUAUCUACGGAAAUGGUUGCUAAUUCCAGAAUUAGGUAACAAUCGAAAUUAUUCAUAUUUUUAAAGGUCAAUCAUUCACUUCAUCACUUCACAAUAUAAAACGUUAUCAAUGGUAUGAUUUUUAAACGAAUCAUUAUUACUAAGCACAAUAUUAAUCUUUAUUUUUGUGAAACUCCAAAGAAACUAACAAACGAAUAUAAUAAUUCAUAUAAAACAUUGACAUAAGUCCGUUAAUAUACCUAUAUAGUGCCAAAAUAUAAAUUUAUAUCUUGUAGAUAAUUCAAAUUCUAUAGAUGUUAUGUCUAAUAUAAAAUAUUAAGAUUUUAAGUGAUGCUGUAAAUAAUAUUUUAUAGACUUUCUAUAGGUGUAAUUAUUAUUUUAAAAUACUUAUAUCAGAUAUUUGUAUUUGACUUGGUAUGUUUUAAAUCCUAGCUCUUGUAAUAAUUUUUGUAUUUAGUUUUAAAGAUUACGCAGAUUUUUUUAAAUGCAUGAUAAUAUUCAGGUGUGUACACAUAUAAAGCAUUUAAAACUGUCCUUUCUCGAAUUUCCAUCUGUCAUCACAACCUGAUUCAGCUCACUCGUCUGUGCUUAUUAAUCUGUUUACAUAAAUAUAUUUGCGUUUAUUUAGGUUUUAUACAUUAUAACUAUAAGCUUAUCUUCAAGCCGGCUCCACACUGUCGCCAAACUCUGACAGAUGUAGACGCGGUAAAUAAAAUUAUGUUCAUGACAUUGCAGUUUGUAUUGUUUCUACCAAGGAAGGAUUUUAUUUAACGCAAUGAAAGAUCAUGUGUAUGCCGGAUCCGGUAAAGUUUGCCGACAGUGUGGAGCCGGCAUCAAAUUUAAUGAUUUGAUUUCUCUAAAAAAAUUAAAACAGCUAAUGUUACCUAGAUCUGAAAAAUAAACCGAAUUUUAACGAUGGACAUAAUCCUAAUAACUGGGUACAAUUUUAUAUUUUGUAAGUAUUUUAACUACAAUACCUUAGCACAAGAUACCUAAAUACUAGAAAAAAAUAGCUGUAUUUUGACAGGUACCUAUUAGGUAGGUAGGUACUACUAGAAACUACUAAAAUAACUUACAAUAUUUUUAGAUAGUAAUAUAGCCCAAUUAAAUUGACUACGAAUGUAAUUAUCUAGUUAUAAAUUAUAUUAUAUCUAGUAUGUAAUAAACCUAUUAAAAGCACGUUAGUGAGAUAAUAAUUAUGGCGAUAGGAGUAUCUAAUUAAUUUUAUCUUAUUAUGUUUUAGGUGUAAACUAAAAAUAAAAUGAUAUUAUUAAAAGUAUCAA